UACAUCGUUCAUUGAAAUUAUGAAAUAAAAAUUUAAGUCUAAAGGCUGGAUAUAGGCUUUGAUUUCAGCUCAUUCCGAUGACUUAAAUCAGCUAGCUUCUAGUUCAGAAACUGCUUGUUAACCGAGUGUUUUCUCGUUUCGAUUUUUGAAGAAAUUGAGGUUGUCAUGUAGGUUCAUUGGUAGGAAGCGAAGAAAAUGCAUCCUAAUUCUUCAUUUUGCAGACUAAAACAACAGUGUUGCAUAGCUUGAAGAAGAAGAAAAUAGAGACCGUUAAAAGGAUUCUGCUGACUUACUGCCAAUCAGCUUAUGGAAUAUCUUGCAAUUUUUUGUUAAAUAUUGAAAUUCUAUAUUGCAUUUAUUAUUAUACAAAAUACUUAUACAAAGUUGAAAACACAUUAGUGUCUGGCAGUGUUUUUUCAUUCUUCUUUAAUAAUAAUAUAUGAACUUAUAACGUUCAGCAUCAUAAUUAAGAUAGACCACACUCUCUUCGAAAACCAAUAAUGAUAAAUGACAGGUAACAGCGAGUAGACAGUGAGGUACACAUAGGCACACUGAACAACACAAAGAUGAGGUAGAGGAGUAACAUGUAAAGCUAUGGAUGAAGAUAUCUGUCAAUAAACAAAAAGAAGGCUAGAUGAGAAACACCUGCGUUCAUCUUGUCCUAAAGAAAGUUCUGUCCAACAUUCAUCAUCUUAAUGGCCUGUCACUUGCUAACUCCUUGUACAAGGAAGCUGGCAUCUGCCUUGCCAAGUUGGUAUCCCACCCAACUCAAUCAAGCACUCUGCAUCCCAGUGAAGAUCAAGCUGUGCACAAACUUGAAUCCAGGAUAUUAUUACUCACAAAGGUCAGUGUUCUCUGAGGAAGAGCUGCUCCGUCGUGCUAGUUUUUUAGCUAGUCAGUUCAAGACAAAGGAGUCAGAAAUGGUCCAAUUACUUUCGCAUCAUCGGCGUCUGGUCACUAUGGGUUUCACAAAGUUUCAAGAACUGUCGCGACUGUUAGCACAGCAUGGCAUCACCACGCAGCAGAUAUUAACCUAUCCAGAAAUCUAUCGUCGCAGAUAUGAAACAGUUGCCAGCCGAAUCCAACAGUUGGAGGAAAAGGGCAUCAGACCAAUAACCAUGGGCAUGAUCAACAUGACCCACAAGAUGUAUCAGGCCAGGUAUGAACGACUAGUCCUGGAAGCUGAAGCCUGUGAACAGUACAAUGACACUGUCCACUUCUUGUCUGAGCAUGCAGGCCUCUCACUGCCAGAGGCUAAGAAAAUAUUUGACAAGUGCCAGUGGCUUCAAGACUCACGAAUUAGUACUCUAAAAGAAAAGGUUGAGAUUCUCCAGCAGUACAGCAUCUCACCAGAAGCUCUGCGAGAAAAGGUGUGGAUUUUUGCAUUUCGUGCAGAUGUCAUGAAAACUAGUUUGGAGAUGAUGAAAAACUCAGGAAUACAAUUCAAGGACUUUCCCCCGAACUCGGUGACUAGAAUCGUCAGAUCUGAUGUCAAAUUUAAGAAGUUUCUGGAACGCUUAUUAGAAGACAAGGCUAUUCUUCAGGCUAGUAAUUGUGCUGAUAAACACCAGUAUCUUUGCUACAGACUUGCCUGCACACAGACUGAACUUGAAGGCAUGCUGAAAAGGUUCCCGGGAUGUUACUCGAUCAACCUUCCCAAGCUAAAGGCAAACUUGGACCUUCUGGUAAAGGAGUACAACUUCACACCUUCUGAAAUUGUCGCCACACCUCGUGUGCUCGCAUUCAGCACAGCCACACUGCAAGACAGAAUCAAGCGGCUGAAUGAAGCAGAGAUGCCUGUGAAUUGCAAUGUUCUUGUCAUGUCAUCAAGAAGGUUUGAUUAUCACAUAAGUGAACAUUCAUCCAAGGCAAUAUGAAUGUCGCUUUAAUGUCAUUAGCCUUGUAAACUGUUGACUUGUGUGGAAGCUGAAGAACAGGCAAAUAAAACAUGGGAUGGGAAAUUGCAGAUUAAUAACAUCAUUAAUGUUACAGAACCUCUGAUUACUGAGAACUUUCUCAGUUGACGCUUCUCUAUGCCAUAGCUCACAUAAAAAAAUUGUGCAUUUUUUUCUUAAUCAAAUUCAGGGUUGGAGGGCAUUGAGAAUAAAUACUGAAGUGAAUAAUUUCGUAAGCGUCCGUCGUAUGUAUGUAUGAAGAUAUUGUCCACUUGAGAAAGUACCAGCCUUUUGUCAGGUCGUUUUGCUAGUAAUAUCUGUGUGAUCUGAUGGUGCCGUGUUUGUUUUUCUUUUCUUUUUUUAACAAUAAUUUUAUGUGUUGUCAGUUGUGUUUGCACAGUGAAAGUGGGUACGCGUGUGGACGUGCGGAUAAGCGGGCGAUUCGGUGUGACUGGGCGAAAGUCGGGUGAAGCAGUAGAAGUGUCUCCUUUCCCUUCGGGCGAGUUAGGUCCACCCUUUUCCUCCCAUAUUCUUCACAACAGUAUUAAACUAUUAUCAAGAAUGGUCCAGCUGGUAGAUAUACUGUCAUGUAUCCGUAAAGAGAGAUUGAUGCAGGCGAGAGUUCCCCAUAGGCCGUGAUGGUACAUUUUAUGGCUUUGUUGAAGAUAAACUCACCAUUCCUUGAGUUUUCACACGUGAGAGCAAAAUUUAAUGAUGAGUGAUCAUAAGAUUUGAAAAUAUUCGCAUUAUCACUGCUAGCACCUUGCUGGAAUUCCCUUUACAGUUAUCAUGUCAAAUGUCCUUAGCUGUCCUGGGAAAUGAUGCCUUACCAACUUUGAAAAGACCAUAAAACUAUUCUUGCUCAACACUUAUGAAUUGAAUAAUUGUAACUUAAGACAUUACGUACGUUGUCUUUUUUUGUCCACCCUUCACGAGUCCAUUG